AAGCUGUACCACAAUGUUCGCAAGACUGGCCGCAAUGAUUGUUCUCAGCAUGGCAACUCUUAUUCAUACUGUUGAGACUUCCCACCUGAUCAGCUUAACUCUGGUUGACAUCGGUGAUAAUAUAACAUUCGACUGCAAUGUUUCUGAGAAGGAGCUUAAAUUUGUUAACUGGUAUAAACAGGCUCUUGGACACAUAGUUGAAAUAGUGGCUUCUGUGAUCCUUGGUCAAACGACAAUAACUGAAAGAUUUAAAGGCUCUCACUUUGCAAUAACACCAGAAGGGACUCGUCAUGAUCUCACUAUCUUCAAUAUCAGCAAAGAGGAUGAAGCAACAUAUUUCUGUCACAUUGGAACAACAUAUUCACAGAAGUUCAUCAGUGGCACUUUCCUAGCUGUGAAUGAUGAUAAACAGCAGAAAUCUCUCUACUUGAAACAACAUCCAAAGACAGAGUUGGUUCAGCAGGGAGAGACAGUAACUCUCCAGUGUUCACUUCUCUCCAAGAAUAAAGAAAAGUCCCAGUGCCCAACUAAACCCAGUAUGUACUGGUUCAGAACUGAAUCAGAACGAUUCCAUCCAGGCAUCAUUUAUACUCAGACGAACAUCAGCGACAAAGACUUGGACAGAAGCUGUUCUUACAGUUUAUCUGUACGAGACUCAUCUGAUGCUGGAAUUUACUACAGCGCUGUGGUAGCAUGUGGAUCAAUCGUGAUUGGUGAAGGAUCCAAAGUGGAGAUGAAGCAAGAAGUUGACAGACUUGUCAUAAUACUUGGAGGACUGCUGGCCUGCUGUGUUAUUAUUAUAGUCCUCCUCAUUUUCUACAUUAAACUGAAGCGAAAGUGUGGACAAUUCAAAGGUCAAAAUGGUGGUUCCAGUCUGGUAGAGGAUGGCAAAUCAAAUGUUGUUCACACAAGAAACUUGGAUGAUGAAGCAAUAGAAGUGAACUAUGCAUCAGUGCAAACCCGGGUUAGAGGGUCUAAUGAGAAGAAAACGCUUCCUGAAGAAUGUGUUUACUCCUCUGUCAAAUUAGAUGGUCACCAAAAUCACCUCUCCUCACUUUAG